AAGAUGAGAUGACCUCUUUUUCCUCAAUAAUUUGGUUCUGCAUUGAAUCUAUGUUUUGGUACUUGGCUUUCCUCAGCUGAUAAUCGGCGUGGGUAUCAUGGACUCUUUAUACAGUCGUGCCUAAUUUGGACUUUUACCCGGGAGCUGUUGUAUACAUUCUCGGAUCGCUUGUUUUUGAUCGAUUUACUUCCGGCUCUGUACUUCUGUCUUGCUGUAAUGGCAAGAUUGAAAAAAGGCGUUCAUUCUUGGGAAGAUGUCCUUGCCCAACGGUAUCAAAAUGACAAACCAUCCUCGUUACCACGAUAUAGACGCCGCAAAGGCAACAUCCGCGGCCCAGCCCCUCGAGGACUCGAUAUAAGCCAGAAGCCAGACCAGCAACCUCAAUCCCUUUUACUGACUAAACUUCCGCCAGAAUUGCGCCUAUUGGUUUGGGAAAUAGUCCUGGGAGGAUUGCGACUGCACAUUAUUCAGCGAUCUAAGAAACGGUUGGGAUGCGUCGUUUGCCCUCAAAAGGAUACAUGCGAUAUUUGCCGGGGUGUGCUGCAACAGCCAGUUAAGAAUGCAGAGACAUGCUCGAAAAAUGUGAAUUUGAUAUCGUUGUUGGUUGCUUGUAAGCAAAUUUAUCGCGAAAGCAUACACCUCCUCUACUCCUCAAACACAUUCGAAUUCAGCAAUACCUGGUCCCUAGCCUACCUCCGCCCAACAAUUCCCGCAAACCAAUGGACCGCAAUCCGCAAAGUCGACCUCAAAUGGGCAUUCCCGGGACACUGGCUCCCCAGCAAGGACUCUGUAAAGUCCGUCUACGUCUGGGCUGGUCGUCAGCAAUGGAUCGAAACUUGUAAAGCCAUCUUACUCCUUAAGGAUUUAGAAGAGUUUACGUUGCAUUUAACCGGGAAUUGGUUCGGGGAACCAAUUGAGAAAGUUCCCGUGUUCUUGGAUCCAUUGAGAGAAUUGCAUUUGAGGGGUUGGCCGCAGAGGAAGUGGAGGAUUUAUUUGCCGCCGCAGCCUUAUUAUAAGAUGGAGAUUACGAGGUUGAAUGAGUUGAUGGUGAAGGAGGGGAUUUUUUGUGAGAUAUAUGAGGCUGGACAGUGUAUAAAAGGAUGAAUGACUGGGAUUGAUUAUGGCUGAGUAUUGGGCUAUGAAAAGUUGUUAUCUGUAUGUUGUUGUGAUUGGGAAUGACUUUUCUCUGCUUUAGAGACUUGUUGGGCUCUACUUACACUCGGUAUCAAUCUCCUGACUGCAUAACAUCGAAUUGCACGACCGAGUGAAUCCUGCUC